GUCGUGGUCUAAGGACGUGCAAGUUCCUACAACUUGAAUUUGACUGAUAGAGGGAAAACAUGUUCUACGCAUUGACCUUUACGCAUCUCUUCUCUGCAGCUUCUGCAGCAUGUACCCGAGAGUUCCUUAAAGCUGCCACAGACGACUACAUCGUUGCUCAAAGUGCCGGCCAACCUAGUGGAGUGACAGCCUUCACAGCUCCCAACCUCACCUACACAGAGAACGCCAAAGCCGUAGACAUCACCAAAGGCACCCUGUCCAUCCCUAUCAAAUUCGACUACAACUUCAGUGGCCACGACACACUCCAGUGCGCCGCCUUCACCGAACUCAUCGCCGCUACGGAUAAACAUCCUUAUGUGAUCCACACUCGGAUGGUCUUUGAAAACAGCAAGGCAACGUUGAUCGAAUCAAUAGUCACCGACCAAGGCGACUGGCUUUUCAACGCAACCGGAACCCUCAACCUCGUGAAGCCGGAAACGUGGACCCCGAUCCCUCAGGCCCAGCAAGAUACACGGGCUGUCAUCCAGGCCGCAGGUGACGCAUACUUUGACCGCUUCGGCAACACCUCCGUAGUCGUGCCUUGGGGACCGCCUUGCUACCGCGUAGAGGGAGGUUUAGCCGCUAGAGGGACGUUGAGGAGUAAUGAUUCGUUCUGCGAGAUGGUCUGGCCGAGCACGAUUAUCGUGCCGUACCGGAGAUACGUGGUGGAUGAGUUGUAUGGGGUCGUGGACAUGUUCAUCGGGUUCCCAGGGUUGGACAGGACGCAGGGACAGGCGCCGAUGCCAGAUAGCCACCUCUUCAGGAUUGAGAAUGGUAGGAUCAAGUACUCGCACACGGCUUCGGCGUGCGUGAAGGAUGGAUGCGGGUUGAAUGGAACUUUCGGUGGUGGACUUCAGAGGCUGGCAAAGCGGGGUUACAGGAAUCGCGCAGUGAGGCUCCAGGGCUGAUGGUCGGAAAGUCGAGCAUGACUUGGUACCCCUAGGUACGCAACAGACAAUAGCAUUGCUAUACCCGGUUGUCUUCCUUGGUGCGAUUGAUGUUGGGGGUCCAUUUACGUGUGUCCAACCCGGGGGGGACACAGACAGCUUGCUAGACAGAAUACCCUCAAUCUCUGGCCACAUUCCUAGCCGUAGGUCGUCUCUUCAAGCUCGAUCUUCCUCACGUGUGCCCCUGG